GUGGUCCGUACUCCGUCGCGUGAGCGACAACGCUUCAACGUUGUUCGCGGUAAUAUGCGAUAGUGUUGGCCCGCGCGUUUAGCGGUUAGCGAUCUUGAUAAAAGAUAGCGGUUGUACCGAAGAUAAGCCAGUAGUCAUCCUGACCGUUGCCUGGUCUGACCGGCCUGGUCGGCUGUACGAUCCGAUCGGUCGCCGAUUCCUUGAUCGAGUUCGUCGGCCCUAAGCGCCUAAGCGCCUAUAAGCGCUCGGAUGAGAGAGAGAGAGAGAGAGAGAGAGAGAGAGAGAAAGGGAGAGAGGGAGAGAGAGAGAGAGACAACCCUCGAGGUGGAUAUAUCGAUGCGAAUAACUUUCGUAUAUUAUCUUCCAUUUUUUCCAAGAUUUUCUCUCUCCAAUCCUCGAAAAAGCGAUUAUCCUCUGUCCAACGAGUGCCUGCAAGAAUCAAAUCGUGUGAUAACGGAUUUAUAUUCGAGGAGAAACAUAUUUCAAUAGCAAAUUCACCACUGGAAGAAACUCCAAUGAGAGUCGUUGAGCGAAUUUAUGUUUUCUCAGAGCGCUAAAAAAGUUUACUCAAACUCUGAUGAAGGAAUACGGCAAAAAAAGGCAUGCCACUGUCCUUUCUAGAUAGAAGACUCGUUUGCAAUGUCACGACGACGACGGCGACGACGACGAUGACGACGACGGCGACGGCGACGAUGGCGACGACGACGACGGCGACGACGACGAUGACAACGAUGAUGAUGACUACGACGAUGACGACGAAAGCUAGUCUUAAUGAAUAAGAAUCGCCGCAUCAAGCGAAAAUUGAAUCGAAUGUUAUGACACGGGAAUAUAUAUUAGGAACAAAAUAUCGAACGUGUGAUAGCAUCUAGAUGAGUUGGCGUUCGUUUUUCAAAGUUGACUUUCCUUUUAAUUUCAUUUCUUUCUCUCAUCUACAAACUACACGAUAGUAUAAAUAAUUUCGAGGAUGCGAACGAUACGUAAUGACGAGCGGCGUGACUACUAAAUUCGAUCCGGAUUGGGUAAGGAUGGUGGAGUUGCGUGCGGCUGGUGCCAGGAUGACUGGAAGUCUAGACACCAGAUCGUCAAAUCGUCUGCACUAUGCCAUCUUGACGAUUUUGGAUACGAUCUUCUCCGCGCUCGUGGCCGCACCGGCGGUGGUUGGUUACUGGCGCGGCACUUGGGAACUGAGUGAUUUCUAUGUCUACCCGGAGGAGCCGGUGUUGAGCAGCUUCGCGUCGAUCACGAUCGGCUUCACCGGCCUCUUUGCCUUCAGCGUCCUGCAACAUGGCUUGAAUGACAUUCUGCAUCCAGAUAAGCAUCGGCUAUCCUACUAUCUCGGCUCGCGAGUCUAUACCGGCGUGUUUGGCUUUUGCUGCGUGAACGCUUGGCGCGGUGCCUGGAAGGCCCUGGACAUUUAUACGGAGCUGAUGCCCGGCACAGUCUUUGCCACAACUAUCGUUAGUCUCCUCGCGCUCGGCAUCAUGCGCGCAGUUCGUAAUGUAUCCGCGCCGCCGUUUUCCCUCGUUCUCGACUCGUGUCCGGGUUACUUUGAAGUGCAGACUAUGUUUCGCGUCAACAAUACGAGGGACUGGUCGUUGUACUUACUGGAUUGCGCCUUUAGUGUCGGUGUCGUGGGUACGUUGGUUGUCUUCGUCUGGAGAGGAGUUUGGAUUUUGAUCGACAUUUACCUAUUUCCAGAAAGCCCCGAGUAUUCUGCCCUUGGCUCAUUGGCUAUCGGGUAUUUUAUAGUCGUCGUGACGUUUUGCCUACAACCGUUGAUGCGGUAUAUCUGCGCGCGUCUUCAGGGUCUGGUUCGCUUGAUGGUCGCGGACAUUUUUCUUUUUCUGAGCUUUCUGGGGACUGUCAACGUCUGGCGCGGCAUAUGGAACGCGUUGGAUCUCUGGCUGCUGCCAGACAAUCCAGAAUUGUCCUGUUGGAUUACUCACGUUGGCUGCUUCGUUUUUCUCGUCCUUCUCAAUUGUAGCAAUACUAUCCUAGUUCGUGGCGUUUACAUCGAUGCUGAGGAAGAGAAAGGACAAUGCGUUGUGUUUCCAUGCCAUUAUCUUCGUUUAUUCUUUAAGAUCGAACGCGAGAAGAAGCAAGCGCGACAGCAGAAGUUGUUGGUAGAUCAUACCGAUGUAAAUGAAAAGGACAGUGAAAACGGAACUUUCUUACCGAACACGGUGUCGAUUGUACCUGUGAAUGCAGAUUCUCUUGCAUAAAAGCUAUGUACGACAAAUCAAUUUUUGUCAAGAGUAUCUAGGGCUGUGUUCCAAAAUUUAC